UGCCCCCUCUAAGUUGGAACAAUUGUCGUUAAGUGGCAGGCGCCAGACAAAAAUGUGUGAAAACAUGCUUUGUUACUAUUAGUAUUUUGCACUUGGUUUAGUGAGGAAUCCCAACGUCUAUCAAAUUUCCAAUCUGUAAGAUAGCAUUAAACUCUUCACAAGUACCAAAGAUUGCCAUUAAACUGGUUUAGCUGUUUUCGUCCUGGCUUUGUAGAGAUGGUUUUAGUGGGACAAUGCUAGUGGUAAUUCAUGAAAGUAACUAUUAAGAUUUAACAAAUUGUAUGCAAAUUAUUGAGAUCCAACAAUGGUAAUAUAUCCCAGUGGUUCUUAGUUAACCAAUGUUGGUUCAAGGAAAUAUGGCGGCAUUGUAAUACGCUUCAUAGCGACUUAUGAUGUAAUAAUCUAACCUAUGUUGAAUUCAGGAUUGCUUUCUUGGAAAAUAAGGUGUUGCAGUACUUUCUCAAAGUUAGUUUUGCUUAAAUUUGUUUUCAAAAUGAUUACACAGCGGUAUCAGUGAGACCUUAAGAACAUUUUGAGACCAAAUUUUUAUGGAUCACCUGCUUUAGUAUUACCCAUGAGACUGGCUAAACUGCUCAGAAUGAGUGCUGUUUCCACUGAUUGUGCUGAUGACAACAAAAAGAGAGUUUUGUUAAAAAUCGCCACUUGUCUUGAAACAAGAUCAAUAAAUUUGAAUUCUGCCAACUCUUCUGAAGACAUUAAACUUGAAGACUUAAAAAAGCUGAUACCAGUUCUCCAAAGUUUAACAAGUGUUUCAGUUAAGGAUGUACCAGUGGCAGUUACAGCUAAAGUGGAAAAACAAAAACAAACAAGUGCUUCAAACACACCACCAUCAGAUAAUGAAGACGACAUAUUUCAAAACAGGGAAUCAUACAAUUCAUUACUACCGAAACUAAACGCUGCUUCUGGUCAAAGUCUAAUAUUGGUUCGGAUUCUAAAAAUUGGGUUAAAAGAUGCAACCACUUUAAUUGAUCCCUAUUUUACAGUAUCUUGCAAAGAUGCUGCAGCUGUUGAUUUAUGCAAGCAGCAAAACACACCAGUUGCAUCAGAGCGAGUUGAAAAUUACUUGAUGUUUGGUGUCGAUGUUCAUAUACAAGUUCCAUUAGAAAUCCUGUCAAAAGGAUCUGCCAUAUUUUUUGAACUCUUUCAUUACAAACAUAAGAGGAGAAGUACAAGUUCAAAGUGUUUCUCAUUCAUGGAACUUGAUGAAUUAAAACCUGGACCUUGUGUCAUUGAACUAUACAGGAAGCCAACAGAUUUCCGGAAGAAAAAACUUAAUUUACUAACUUCGAAACCUCUCUAUCUGCACUUGGUUCUAACAAUUACGAAACAACUGUAGCAAUUUGAAUUUAAACUGUGUAACACUGCACUUAUUUUACUAAUUGCAUUUGAUGCAGUAACUUUUUACUAUUUCAUAUAUUAGAUAAAUAAAAUUUGUAAUAAAUUGUA